UACCUAAACGAGAUGUCUUUCAGAAUAAUCUUUUGUGCUGCUGUCGUCGGUGCAAACGACGUGGAAAGAAGAAGUGCUCGGAGGAUCACCUGAAUGUACUGUACCACCCGGAAACGUUCAAGGGCCCGAUACUGUUUUCCUUCAGGGCGAAGGUAUUUUUCGGCAAAAAGAAGGCCAUGAUCAGGGUCGAGGACGGCGAGUGGUCCGACAAGUUCUCCAUCGACGUCGCCGGUAGCAAGGGAGUCGUUGCUUGCAAGUACAACGGAAAGGUUUAUCAGAUCGGGGUUCACAAUCAACUGACCUACAACUCGCUGACGAAGCAAAUAACGUUCACCCCUUACUACGUUCUGAUCAACGACGCGGACUUUCUCAUCGAGUGCCAAGAGGCCGAUCGGCCUGCCGAUCCUUACAUCAAGAUACCCCCUGGCGAGUGCACGGCUCUCUGGCCUCACUCGAAACUCGAGGAGAAAACGCUCAAGGCGAAGGUUGCCGGCCACCCUGAGAAAACCGCGGCGUUCAUCUACUCGUCGGUCCACAGCACUCUUUUGAAGCUCGACAAUAAA